UAAUCUACAGGUUAAAAUAUGUACCUGCUUUAUACAAAUAAUAAAAUACUUAUUAUUUGAAUAAAUUAUAAGACAUUUAAAAAUCACAAAUAAUAUAAAUUAUACAGAAUAAAUUGAACUUGGGUAUUAUACUAGAGAUGUCGAAUCAUAAGAUACAAGUACAAAUCGUCUUCCUAUUAGAGAAUUACAAAUAUUAUUUAUUAAAAGUAUACAUAUAUUAAAGUAAAAGAAAACAAAUACAAAUUUCUUUCCUUCUUAUUAAUAAUUUUACCUGUUUCGAUUAUUUUUUACAGAAAAGUGUACGGAAAAUGAGAAUCGACCCUAAACCUUGCAGACCUGUUCAAAACGGAAAAUUCUUCCGUCGGUUAUCAGGUAAACUGGCUCGCAUCAUCAAAGAGAGAACAGAAGGUAGUUUAAACAAACACAAGCCGAUUGCGUUGUCCGGCAUGGAAAUAAGAAUGACGCGGUUAGCAGCUGCAUGGGAGAUAAUCCAAUGAAGGUGCAACAGGACUCCGUGGUAUUCUCAGGGGAGCCACAACUCGCAACCUAAUUCCGAAAAUGCAUCGUCGGUCCGAAAACUGAGAACAGAAACGUCGAAGGAGAUUCGACUCUGGAUACGCGCAACACGGCUCGCAGCCUUUCCUCUUAGCCGCUGACUUAAGUCGCGUUUUAUCCUCUCCAAUUACAAAGGCAGGAACGACUAUCGCCCAGAAACGACCCUUCCCCUUUCUCCCUGCAUCAUCGUGGACGAUCCAUCUUUUCCGGUGAUGGCAACUUAUUAAUUUGUUUGCCACAACGUUUAUUACGUCUGCGCACAUCUGCGAUAUGCCGAACGACGGACGAAACACGCAUUGUUUCCUGUCUCCCGGACGUCGCCAUCCACAUGUUUCGGAUUAAGGGAUACUAAUCGCUGCCAAAUGCUGCAUCUACGUUGGAAGAAACCGAAAGAAGUCGUAAUUUACAAGGAAGUUCCGCAGCAGGAAGAGAUGCAAAGUACGUGUGGCCGUGGCAGAUAGUCGUUCUCAUGCGAUAAUCUAACGGAUAUGAACGUAAGUACGUAACAAAAUACUAACAUGCGUCAGGGACGGGCAAGUAAGCGGAUAAGUUUCACGUUGCAAUGCUCCAAGCGACGUCCACUCUCGUCGAAAAGUUAUUUGGCGCUUAUUAAGUAACGAUGGCGAGUAUAAAUUACUAAUUUUCGGGAAGCUCGGGGCAGAAAUGCCCGGAGAUGAGGACUUUACGUGCUUUACGCAUCAAUUUCCCACGUGGCAACGAAAUCCGCGUGUAAAGUCGUCAAAAUUUUCGCAAGCAACAAUGUUGGCGUAAGGGAAUUCCUUCCAGGGUGAAACCUGGGUAAACGCGGCGGGUCUCUCGCGCCGUAUCAAUAACAGAAGACACAUAAUUCCGACAGGACAUCGCGAAAGAAAAACGACAAACGAGGAACGGGGAUAGUGGGGGUGAGAUUUCCGAGAGCGAGUGUCGAUGUCCCGCCGUACGCGACAUUUCACUCAGCCUCAAGUGUUUGUCUUGCAAUUAGGUUUGGAUUUGUGUUUGGCCUCUCCACACACCCGCCUACUCAAUUUAGCCGUGACACGCGCCGCCACGGAAACGACUCUAUCUCUCUCUCUGUGUCGUUGCGCUUCGCGGCCACUUGGUAGCUUACGAGCGUGUGUAGCACGUGUCCGCGCCACGUGCCGCCCUUAACCUGACGCCUAAUUGAGUGAUUGAAAUCGUACCGAAUUGACAAGCGAGAAAGGCGAGCUGGCCUUUAGCGGUGGCAAGCGUCGCUGCGUUCAUCUGCCAUCUUCGAAAAGACCGAAUUCACAAAUUACAUCUCGGGGAGGCGGCUUUAAAUGUUCGGAUCGAAUGCGCAACCGUGAAUUUCCGAAAGAGCUUUGAAAACGAUCAAGUAAACCGGCAGAUAAGCCGUGGUAUCUCUCUCUCUCUCUCUCGGCAAGCGUGUUCAAGUGAAACAUUUAGGGCGGAAAUUAUUCCGCCGCGAGCUCCUCUGCACAAUGACACGGCGUAUCGAAUAUAGACGUUACACGACAGAUACAUUACGUACUCGCGGCUUCGCGGGAUGAGGCGCAUGUAUCGCGCACGAGAGCCCGGGAUCAAAAUCACUUGUUCCCCUUCGGUUGGACGAUCGACGGGGAGGAGGAAAUCGUCUCGACAACGGUGUCUUUAUUCAUACGCCGCCGUCGCGCCGCGCGACGAACGGGAGGAAGUUAAGUGGACGGGCAAUUUCUCUGCAACAACAAAUAGUAGCUCGGAUGGGGAAAGGGCGGCGGCCACAUGACGCGAUUCCCACGUAUCUCUCGUCGGCUGCAUGCCACGAGUCGUCCUGGGGAGAAACGUCCUACUACGUUUGCACACCCCAUCUCGGCAAACGCCUUUCGCCCCGAAGCCAUCGCUCCUCCGCCGCCGAUCAGGCGCGAGGAGGAUGUGCCAACCGUCAGACGGUGUGCCUUCGCCCGCACGAUUGCAUAACAAAAUAUAAACACCGACGCGCGGCUGUAAAUUAACGCCUCUCGUGCGUGCGACACGAAAAUGCCCUUUUCGUUCCACGCGUUGUCGCUUGACAAAAACACCAACCGUGAAUUAAUUCGCGAGAAGAGUGUCUUACGAGUAGCUCCGCGAUCUACCUACAUUAUCAGUCCUCGCACGGAGGAAAGAGAUCGAGACACCUCGAUGCCCGUGUUAUAUCAACGAGGAGAACGCAAACCUCGCGGAAUUAUCCUCGCGGAUAAUCGUGAGAGAGCGCGAGGGGAGCGAAUCGCGGCCUCGUGACCGUGGCUAAUAAACGAGGCGUUUGCUUCACGAGCGACUGUAAAAGGGCUAUAAAAGCGAAGACGCUUUCGAAAGUCGGCACGAGUCGUCGCGCCCUGUGUCUCUCUCUCUCUCUCUCUCUCUCUCUCUCUCCGUUCCGCCCGUGUUCUUUGUUUCUAUUUCCGUCUACAGACUACCCGCGCGCCGUCCUCCAACCCCCGGCGGCGUUUCGUCCUUGCGCGUCGUUGUCCCUCUCGCGUUCGGCGGCUUUUCGUGUAGCGCGGAUACACGCCUACAACGGAUAGAGGCAGCCGCUGGACGUAGGUACGUAGGGACCUAACGGACAGAUCCGUGUUUCCAUGGAAACCUACCUAUCUGCGUCGGUUGGACCUAUACUGCCUGCUGCCACCCUGAUAAGCGGCUUACUCUCAUGGUUCUCUCCACUCUUCUUCGCCGAAGCAUCCCCCGACCCUCCCCCCCCCCUCUUCCCUCCGACCGCUCCAUCUCCUCGCUACACUUUGCCCCUGGCACCCCGUCUCUCCCGCCGCCGGGUCCCCUUUCGAGCGGCGAGUGAAAGAGAGCGAAACGGCGAAAGACGAAAGGGGGAGAAAGAGAGAGAGAGAGAGAGAGAGAGAAAGGAGAGAGAUGAUGCUGCUUUCCGCCGAAUCGUGCUGCUAAAGGAAAGCGACGCGAAAGCGCUAUCUCGUCUCCUCUCCUCUUUUCUCUCUCUAUACCUCGUUUCACUCUACUUUAUACUCUACUCGCGCUCUCUUUCUCUGUUCCUUUCCUCCUCCCUCUUUCAGCGUACUGUCACAUUUCCGCCCUCCUUCCGAUCUCUUUUCCGUCUACGCGCACUCUCUGUGGCACACUGGAAAAUUUAUGCAGUCAAUUACCGAGACCCGGCAACACGACCUUUGAGAGUGGAAACGCGGACACGGAGGGAAUUCUCCCCGAAACCGUUCCGUUUCUUUGUCCUCCUGUUUGGAGUGCCGCGACCGAGCUUCCGGUUUUCCGUUCGCCAGGUGCCUUGGAAAAACGUCGGUUCUCUGCAGGGGGGGACAUUCCACGUUUCGCUCGAACGCGAAGAGCGUAAUGGCCGGGAUUGUUCUUUCUAUCGAGGCUACCUCGAACCUCGUGCCGAUGUCGCGAAAAAUGUUCCGCGUUUUCUUGAGAACUGUCCAUCGCGAGAACAACGUCAAAACGCGCUUCUCGCAACAAACGAUUGUUUCAACACGGAUCCGUAUGCGGAUGCAAUCGUCUGUGUAACAUAAAAAAUUUACUUUUCAUAUUCAUUUGAAAACUUGAGGCUCACGAGAAAGGUGCACUUUUGUGCGUGUUUUUCCACCAACUUGCGACGAAAGCUAUAGUUAAGAAGCCCCGAGAUUGCUCGACACUCGUACGGCUUCAGUCGAUGCAUCGAUUUGCAUGGCAAUCAAUAACGGCAAAUGCCACGUGAAAUAUUCUUACAGCGACGGCUGUGUAGCAACGUGUUACAAUGUUAAAUUAACUUAACGCAUUGACAAAUUAUAGAUAUAAUUCGCAUGUGAACUAAUAAUGAUAAUUUUUAAUCUGCGCACAAUGCAAUGAGAAGAGAAAAGGGGCUGCAAAUUGAGCAAUUCUAGGGGCGUGACAUAGGAUGUAAGGGAGACACAACAUAAAAAAAGGGGAUUGAUUUUGUAUGCGUGUAUGUGUGUGUGUACACAAUAGAUUUCGAAAGCUUUCCCUGCGUAGAAUACCAAAUUGUUGCAGCAAUCUGCAGCACUUUUUUCAACUUUGAAAUAUUUACUUUCAAGCAUUGAACACCGAUCUAAUAAAAUUGGCACGUAGACUCGAUAAAAGAUUUAAGAGAGAUUCAAGGAAAUAAAAAAAAUUGCUCCAAAAA